CUUGGCCCCAAUUUUAUCUUCUGUUGCUGUGAUUUUUACAGGGAUGAGUCAUCAUUUUCAUCACCAAACUGUAAUAUCAGAUUUAUCUGGGUCUCUCUUGAAUUUUUGAUGUGGUUGAGAACCGGCUGCCCCUCAAGUGUAAUCAGUGAAAUACCAAGUACCAAAAUUCAAUGGGGGCAACUGCCCCUACUAGACCUGGGGUGGCCCUACCCCUGCUUGUUUUGACUCAAGAUCGUUGAGACAAGUUGUUUCAAGGCGUUGGAUAGAUAAGCUAGAGUCUUAUAGAUCGGAAUCUGAUUCUAGAAACGUGUCAUCGCACUUCAAAUUUAACUAUGUUUUGGCGUAUGGCUGGCCUCUCCACUGCAUCUCCAGUGGAGACCAUUUUAGACAAAGAAAAUUUUACACUGGAGGAGCUUUUGGAUGAAGAUGAAAUAAUUCAAGAGUGCAAAGGUCUUAAUGGCCGUCUUAUUAAUUUCUUGCGGGAAAGAGCUCAAGUUGAACAACUUGUUCGAUGCAUGGUGGAAGAAGCUACAGAGGAUGCUGAUAAACAGCGUACUUUUAAGUUUCGUUUCAUUGCUUGUGAAAUUUUCACCUGUGAAGUUGAUAUAAUACUCAAAGCUUUGGUAGAGGACGAGGAGCUUAUGAACCUGCUUUUCUCUUUCUUGAAUCCUGAGCACCCUCAUAGUACUUCAUUGGCUGGUUACUUCAGCAAGGUGGUUGUCUGCCUCUUGCUGCGGAAGACGAUUCCUUUAAUGAAUUAUAUGCGAGAUCACCAGGAUGUUAUUAGGAAGCUUAUUGACCUCAUCGGAAUUACAUCUAUCAUGGAGGUUUUAAUUCGUUUAAUUGGUGCUGAUGAGAACAUAUAUACUGACUAUAUGGACUCAAUUUCAUGGUUGGAAGAUAUGAAUGUUCUGGAGAUGAUUGUGGAUAAGUUCAGCUCAUCAGACUGCCCUGAGGUGCAUGCAAAUGCUGCAGAAACUCUAUGUGCCAUAACUCGAUAUGCUCCCCCUGGGCUAGCUUCAAAAAUAUCCAAUCCAAGUUUUAUAGGAAGAUUAUUCCAUCAUGCUUUGGAGGAGUCACGACCAAAAUCCGUUUUGAUUAACUUGUUGUCUGUCUGCAUAUCCUUGUUGGACCCCAAGAGACUAAUGUCAGGAACAUAUUAUUUGUACAACCGCCAAAUGACUCAUGGAUCUGGAAUCAGUGUAAAACCUGAGACAGUUGAAUGCAUGUUGGAGAGCCUAGGUGAUAUACUCAAGCUUUUGGAACUUUCAUCUGAAGAUCGGGUUUUGCUAACUACAUAUGGGAAGUUGCAGCCUCCUCUUGGAAAGCAUCGUUUGAAGAUUAUAGAGUUCAUAUCAGUCUUGGUGACUGUUAGUAGUGAAGCUGCAGAAAAAGAAUUGAUUCGCCUUGGCGCUGUAAAACACAUUAUAGAAUUAUUUUUUGAGUAUCCAUACAAUAACUUCUUACACCACCAUGUUGAGAACAUUAUAGUAUCUUGCUUAGAAAGCAAAAACGUUCAGUUCAUUGAACAUGUUCUUGAAGAUUGUAAUCUUCUUGGGAAGAUUCUUGAAGCAGAGAAGAAUUUCACAUUGGAUGUUGAUAUAAACAAGCCAACAGUUCCUGCUGAGGGUAGAACUCCGCCCAGGAUCGGGAAUAUUGGAUACAUGACACGCAUAGCUAACAAGCUUAUUCAAUUAGGGAAUAACAACAGCAAUGUACAGACAUUUCUGCAGCAAAACAGUGAAUGGGCAGAUUGGUAUUCAAAUGUACUGCUGAAGCGCAAUGCAGUGGAAAAUGUUUUCCAGUGGGCAUGUGGGAGGCCUACAACAUUACAUGAUCGGACUAGAGACAGUGAUGAUGAUGAUGAUUACCAAGAUAGAGAUUUUGAUGUUGCAACUUUAGCAAAUAACUUGAGCCAGGUUUUUCGUUAUGGAGUCUCUAACAAUGGUGACACUGAUGAGGUUCGUGGUUCACUUGAACAAGAUGAUGAGGAUGUGUACUUUGAUGAUGAAUCUGCUGAAGAAGUCAUUUCUUCCCUUCAUUUGGUAGAUGACCAGGAUAGUGGGUCACUUUUGACAAAUUCCAACUGGUUUGCAUUUGAGGAUGAAAGAAUCGAUAAUGAGCUUCCAACUGAUUCAGUUCCUUCCCCUUCGUCCAACAUUGAGGGGCAUGAGGUUGUCAAUGGAGGAGCUGGUGAUGAAGUCACUAUUGAUGAAGAUGAAGAUUUGGCAGACACUGCAACUUCUGAACAGCCUGAACUAACACUUAGUUUAGUCAAUCCGGCACCGAACAAUCUGUCCGAGGACUUGAGAGAAACAGAAACAAGGGUUAGUGAGAAGCCGACUGAAUGGGUUGAAUGGAGGGAAAAUUCUGAUUUAGUUGAAUUGUGCAAUCCAACUUUGACUUCACCUCCAAAUUUACCAGAAUGUGAGCAUCAUGCGGAAUCUGAUGUUCAGCCUGAUGAUGUUGGCUUAGAUAAAGCAGAUGCUUCCCCAUCCUCUGUUACUGCAUCCGUGGAGAAUUGCAGGAGUGAUGCUGGAGGAGGACCACCCAAUUUAGUAAACAUUGACUUGGGUGCCAACAUUUCUCAACCUACAGAAGCAGGAGAAGGGAUUUUGAGCAGCACUAGAAAUGUGGAUUCUGUUGCUAGGACAAAAGGCUCUUCUGGCACUGUUGCUGAAUCCGAAGAGAAGAAUCAACGUGGAGAAUAACGUAAAUUCUUAUGUCCAGACUUAACACUUGCCGUUAGUUUGGUGGGAGGAUUAACACUGUGUAUGCUGAUGCUUGUUGACUGGUAUACUUCGUCUUCCCACUUGAAGCUCAAGUACAGGUGAUUCUGUAGGAUCUUUUUAUUUUUUUUUGCUGCUUAGCAUUUUACCAGGUGAAUCCAAACUUACUCGACCUUGUUUAUGUCUAUAUCUUUUAGUUAUCCUUUUCCUUGUCCAAGUGGCUUUUAGUUUCACACGGAUGUUCUGCGCAAUAGUGUCCAAAAAAUCUAUUUUCUUUAAUUUGCUUACUCUGACAAUUAAUUUGUCAACCAGAAAAAUAACGUGGUAGAUGGUGUAAAAUAGAAUAAAUAAAUGUAAUUUACAUUUUCUCUCU